AUGCAGAGCUGCAUUAAACCAAGUGGUGCUUAUCUGGAUUUGAGGACCUCUGAUGCUUGUUUAUCUCAACAAACUGUAUUUCUUCUCUGUUUCAGGAGUGAUGGUCGGUUCCUGUUGGCGGCUAUCAGAUAUUCAGAUAGUGUAUGUGACCUCUUUUCGCUAGCGCAACCCCGGGCCUACGUCGCACUCAACGACCCCGCCGCUGCCGACGCCGACAUCACUGCCCUCGUCGACGCCGUCGCGCUGGGCCUCUUCUGCAUAGUCGCCACGCUCGGUGUUGUGCCUGUCAUCAGUUGUGCGCGCGGCGGGCCAGCGGAGAUGGUGGCCGGCGCCCUCGACGCCCGGCUCCGCGAUCACCUACUCGCCAAGCCCAACCUCUUCACGGAGGCUGCAUCUGCCGCUGUCACGUCAUUCCAGCGCCCUGUGUUGUGCCUCUUCGACAGGAAUUUUGAGCUGUCUGUAGGGGUGCAGCACGACUGGAGCUACCGCCCAUUGGUGCACGACGUGCUUGGCUUGAAGAAGAACAAGCUGAAGUUGCCGGCAGAGAAGUACGAAUUGGAUGACUCUGACAAAUUCUGGGUGGCAAACAACUGGUCUUCAUUCCCCAAAGUUGCUGAGGAAAUCGAAGCGCAGCUUGCCAAGUACAAGCAGGAUGUGGAUGAGGUGAACCAGCAUACUGGUGGUGGCAAGGUUGGGGUUGAGUUUGAUGGUACUGAUCUACUUGGCAACACUAAGCAUCUCAUGAAUGCGGUGAACUCACUACCAGAACUGACAGAGCGGAAGAAUAUGAUUGAUAAGCACACCAAUAUUGCAACAUCUUUGCUUGGGCAUAUCAAGGAGAGGUCUCUGGAUGGAUACUGCAGCUGUGAAAAUGAUAUGCUUGUGAGUGGCACUGUCGACCGGAAUACACUGCUGAGUCUCAUCAGAGGGAAGGGUACCAAGGAAGAUAAGCUUCGGCUAGCUGUGACCUACCUGCUGUCCUUUGCGACACCACCAUCAUCUGAGCUGGAGCAGGUUGAGGCCGCUCUGCGGGAAUCAGAAGUUGACAUGUCUGCAUUUUAGUAUGUGAAGAGGAUAAAGGCAUUAUUGAAUACCCAAUUUGCAGCUGCCUCAGGCACAGCAACUAAGAGCAACAUCGUCGAUUGGGCAGAGAAGCUGUAUGGGCAGUCCAUUGGCGCUGUGAAGAAUCUCUUGUCAGAUGGUAGGCAGCUGGCCUUGACAAGAACAGUUGAAGCUCUUAUGGAAGGGAAACCAAACCCAGAG